UCUAUUUCAACCUAUCCAUUUUUCAAAUCGGAGCACAACUGCAUGAGAAUAUACAAAGGGGGAAGCAUAAAAAAAUAUACAAAGGGGAAUGAUUCUCAUCUGAAGAGUCAACUUCCACAACCUGCUUUUCUACUUCCCCAACAGAAACAGUCAAUAUCUUCCUAAUCACCGUUUAAGAGUUUUGCAUCCUUUGCACAUCGAAGUUUAUAGUUUAAUCAGAUGUGUUAUGGUAAGCCUGAUUAAUGAGAAAAGUAUCCGAAGCAGGAGCUCUCUUGGACCAAUUACUAGUUGAGUUACAUUCAAUCUCCUAGAAACAUCCACCGUAGACGAGAUAAGUUAGACUUAUUUAUUAUGGCAAACAGAGAAGAUGAGGUUAUGUUAAGGUUAUUAUUACUACUCGGAGAGGAAAGUGAGUCAGAUUAUGAAGUUUCCGAGCAGUAGGUGCUGUAGCGGAACUCACUGCAAAAGAGGGUAAAUGACUAACCUAACCAGUUUCUGUGUAUGGAACUCUACCAAAGCCCUCCAGUAAGAUAUUUUCAUUUACAUCCUCGUGUAAUUCCAUAGUAGGCCAUAAUUAAGUUGGUUGCUUGUUUUGUGAAAUUGUGAUUGAGAGACCUAUUGACAUGACAUUGAUAGAGGUCGAAUGUAGUUCCAUUAUAAGAUAAGAAGUCCAUUUCUCUUUGAUGUUUCCCAAUACAGUCAAUCAAAUGCCAUUUUCUAUCUAUCCGUAGUUUCUUAUAUGACCACUCACUCUUGAUUCCCUCUUUUUUUGGCGGGGGCAAUCUUGAUUCUCUUGAUCCAUCUAGGUUCACCGGUUCUAUUUGGGCAUGUGCCCUACAAGGUUGGGGCAACCUGGCCUGCAUGUACUGCUGCAACAGCAUCAGCAGAGAAUUUUUCCUCGCGACGACAUUUGGGUUGCUUCUGUGGCUAGGUUUCACCUUCGGGAGAGACACCGAGGCCUUCGGCAACAGCUCCCCCAUGGACACUCUGAAGGAGCUGAUCUGCGGGAAGUGACGAGCAUCAUCAGCAAGCAGUUCAAAGCAGCCGACCGUCCCGGGGUGGGUAGUAGGAACCAGGGAAGCACUCCUGCAAUAAUUUUCUGGUGACCGGCGAGGAAGAACGAACCGGGCCGUGGUAAAAAUCUUGGUAGGCAUAGCAUAUUAUAGAGGUUAAAAUUAAGAAGCGCACGCCGUGGCCGACAGUCCUCCGGCCGUGGUGAACGCUGAGGCGAGAGUCCCACCGACCACCGCAGCUUGCAGAAAGCGCCGUGGGAGUUCACGUGGCAGCAGAAGCUACCGUGUGGCGUGACCACCACCGGCACUGGCCAGCUCGCUUGCGCAUCCGGCAGAAAGGGUACAUACAGUGGAGCAGUAGCAGCAGAUCUGUUCUAUUCGUUGUAAGAAAAAUAAAUAAAAGUUUGCAUUUCUUCUCACCUUGAAUAAAGCUUACCGGCUGCUCAUGCAGGCAUGCAAAUAUAUAGUAUACGGAACAAUUACAUCUUGACUUUGCAUUCUUCAACUCUGUACUCGCAAGCAUUGGGUCAUUUAUUUUUUCAAACUCCUGGUGGCGAGCAAGCGUCUUAGAAUCAAAUGUGAAAAUAUAACCAUUCUUUUUUGUUCAGGCAGAGGAAUGAUUAAUCUGUAUAGUAAAAGGGUGGGAAUAUCUUUGGUUUGUUCUUGGGGAUGGGAGGCCAGUGGGUCAGUGAGUGGGUGGGGCGGGCGGCGGCGGGCCCGGGCCAGGUCCAGUCCAGUCAAGGCCAGCCUAAUAAAAAAGUUUACUCCAGUAAAACGAUGAUUAAAACCGCGGAGACGGGGCGCGGGUGGGCGGGCGACAGCUAGUGUGAACGGAAGGGGCCCCGCGCCCGUCGUCUCUGCGCAGAGAGCGGCGUGUGAAUGGGCGGAAAAGUAAGAAACGUCAGGCAGCGGCUGCAACUGCAGCGGCAUCCACCGGCGAGGGCGAGAAGAAAACGAAGCGAAAAGCGGGGCCAGGCCACGGGCCGGACGCCAGAGGAAGGUCGCGUGGCAGCGCACGCCACCCAAAUCCAAGCCAGGCCAGAAAGCGAGCGCCGACCGCCGCGUCAGCCCGCGCGUGCCGUCGUCGUUGCUAGGCCGCGGCGGGAGAGGGCGGCGGGAGGGAUGAUGGAGGCGGGGGGAGGGGGAGGAGGGUUCAGGGACGAGCGGGUGCCGCAGUGGGGCGUGCAGGAGACGCGGGAGCUCAUCGCGGCGCGCGGGGACCUGGAGCGGGAGGCCGCCGCGGGGCGCAGCGCCAAGACGCUCUGGGAGGCGGUGGCGGACGCGCUCCGGGCGCGCGGGUACCGCCGCACCGCCGACCAGUGCAAGUGCAAGUGGAAGAACCUCGUCAACAGAUACAAGGGGAAAGAAACAUCUGAUCCAGAAACCGGCAGACAAUGUCCCUUCUUUGAAGAAUUACAUGCAGUCUUCACUGAACGUGCUAAAAAUAUGCAACGUCAACUCCUUCAGUCUGAAUCAGGAACUUCAGUUAAAAAGAAAUUAAAGCGACCUAGCGGUGACCAGUCAUCUGGGGAGUCUGAUGAGAACGAAUAUGGCGUUGAAGUCAGCGAUGAUGAGAAACCCGUGAUAAGCAAAAAGCGGAAGGCUGGUGAUAAGGGGCAACCAUCGCAACGAAUGGCGGAAAACUCAAGGGCCGGCAGUUCAAGCAUCCAUGAUCUGUUGCAGGAAUUCCUAGUGCAGCAACAGCAUGUCGAUAUGCUGUGGCAUGAGACGAUGGAGCGGCGCGCCCAGGAGCGGCUCAUUUUCGAACAAGAAUGGAGGCAGUCGAUGCAGAAGCUUGAGCAGGAGAGGCUGAUGCUGGAGCAGUCAUGGAUAGAGCGAGAGGAACAGCGAAGGAUGAGGGAAGAAGCAAGGGCUCAGAAGAGGGAUUCGCUCAUGACCACCCUGCUGAACAAACUCUUACAAGAAGAUCUAUAGAAGACGAAGCUUCUUUGUCAAUGGGUAGAUAAUGUACUAGACCUCAUUUUUCUUACCAUGUUUCAUCGAUUCUUUUUAGCUAUUGCAACAUGCUGUUGUCCAGAAGAAGAUGUUUGAUGUAGCUUAUUAACUUUAUAGGGCUCAUUUCCAAUUCUUUACCGGGGUUAUAUUUAUAUACUAAUUUAUUAGAGAUGUAAGUAUCAGAUGCCAGAUAGGUGAUCUACUGAUCUAUGUGAUUUCCGGAGACAUUAGGCUUUCAGGCAUCAGUCGUCUUGCGCGAAUAUCAUGUGCUCUAGCAUUUUCACGGCACUGUUCCUUA